AUGCCUGGACACGAAGCAGUCCAGGAGACUGACCAACAUGGAGACGACAUGGAGAAGCGCGUGCUGCGCAAGAUCGACUGGCGACUCAUCCCGCUUAUGUUCAUCACAUACAACCUGAACUUCAUGGACAAAACAAUCUUGUCUUCAGCCUCAGUGUUUGGUCUGCGAGAGGACACACAUCUGAAAGGCCAACAAUACUCUUGGGUCUCCAGUGUCUUUUACUUCGGUUACUUCUUCUGGGAAUACCCUACGACCUUCCUGAUCACGCGCCUUCCUGUAUCAAAGUACCUUGCAGCCAACACAUUCAUUUGGGGAAUGGUCGUCGCCCUUACUGCAGUCUGCAGCAACUAUGGUGGCUUAGUCACUGUGCGUUUUCUGCUCGGUGUUGCAGAAGCGACGACCACACCGGCUUUUCUCUUCAUCACGAGUACCUGGUAUACUCGAGAUGAAAUCCCCAAACGCACAGGUCUAUGGUUCGCCGGCAAUUCUGUCGGCGGUCUCGUCGCAUCCUUCCUCGCAUACGGCCUAGGCCAUAUUGAGGGCUCAAUUCCGGCUUGGAAAUGGAUGUACAUCAUUCUCGGGGCACUAACAUUCCUCUGGGGUAUUCCAAUGCUUCUAUUCUUACCAGAUACCAUUGCGGAAGCCAAAUUCCUGACCGAGGAAGAGCGUGAGGUUGCAUUACGCCGUGUAGUUCUUGCAGGUACCGGAAUAACCGACAACACCAAGUGGAAGCUUCGCCAGGCGCUCGAAUGCCUUCGCGAUCCCAAGACGUGGAUCAUUUUCAGCAUGAGUUUGCUUACUCAGAUACCUAACGGCGGGACCCAGAACUUCGGCAAUAUAGUUCUUAAGAGCUUUGGAUUUACGAGCCUUCAAUCGACCCUCCUCGUGAUCCCCGCCUCCGUCAUCGCAGCCAGCACAAUCGCCGGCACGGGCUACCUCGCCGGUCGUUUCCGGCAGAUGAACUGCAUGUUGAUCAUAUGCGUAGUAAUACCCGCCAUUGUCGGUAGUUCACUCAUCUACGUACGCCCAAAGACCUCUUCUGGCGUCCAGCUCUUCGGUUACUUCCUACUGUCCACCGGCCCGGGCGCAAUACCACUGCUCAUGUCCCUCGUAGGCGCAAACUACAAGGGCGUGACUAAGAAAAUGACAAUGACUGCGCUACUCUUUAUUGCGUACUGUGUGGGAAACAUUGCUGGGCCGCAAUUCUUUCGCGCAGGAGAGGCACCGCAUUACAACACUGCGUUCAGAGCGAUCCUUGUCUGCUACUGUUUGGUGGUAGGGCUGGCGGUUGUAUUAAGGUGCUACUUACAGUGGCUAAACGCGAAGAGGGAGAGGGAUGAGGGAUUUAAAGGUAGUGCUGGAUCUGCCGGUGUGUCGGUGGGAAAGUUUACUGAGGGGGGGCAAAGUACGAGGGUAGCUGAGGUGGACCUGCAAGCUGAGGACCUCGACGAUGUCACGGACUGGGAUACAUUCGGCUUCAGGUAUCGUCUUUGA